GCGUUAGGUGUUUAGGUAGGUUAAGCUUUUAAAGCUAGGAAAUUAUCUGUCGAAUAUGAUAAACGUUCUGGUAGAUCUAAAACAUUUGUUAUCAAUGCAGGCAUCGUUGCUGUAAAAGUUGUGGUUGAACAGGAUGCGCGAUUAUCGGUCAAAGAUGUAGCCAGUUGUACUGGCAAAUCAGAAGGCAGUGUGCAAACAAUUCAGAAAAAAGUGUUUGGACCUGAGAAAGGUUUGCGCUAGGCGGAUACCUUUUUAGUCACUGAAGAGCAAAAGAAACAACACCCGAGAACGUUUGAAAACAUACGAAGGCUUUUAUAGGAAGAAGUUAACACGGAAAUUGCUAGAAAAAUAAUAUGACAUAUGGCUGACGAGAAGGAUAUCUUGCGAAAAAGUAUAGGGAAGUUGUCUCUACCAAAGAAGAGUGAAGACAGUGCAGAUUUGGCCCAGAUUGAUGCUAACCUGUCCCCUACUACACAAGAGAAUCUUGGGGUACUGCUUAGGAGUAUUUCAGAUGGAGAAGCUCGGAUUGAUAAAGAUUCGGACGGUCGCGCUCAGAUAAAAUAUAAAGCUGUCAAGAAAUUCUAUUGGGAUGCAUCAAACGCCAAUCGUAUUGCUCAACCCAAAUCUGAUUCUGACAUUCAGGACAAGGUCAAUGCAUGCUUGGAGAUAAUUGAUUAUGUCAAGUCAGAGAAGCCUCCUUCUGGUGUUGCAUUGGACACAACUAAAAUCUCCAUUUCAUCAGAAAAAGAAUAUAGAUUAGACUAUGAGUUUGAGAAAACAAAGGAGAUACUGGGCCGUGGAACCUCAGGAGACGUUGUGGUUGUCAAAGAUAGAACGACCGGCCAUGAGCAUGCAUACAAAACUAUGAUGAUCUCAUGUUUCCGUGAAGAGGAGGUAAGAUGUUGGGUACACAUGUCUAACACUGGUUGUGUCCCUUCUCUCUACCUCUUCAAAUUUGAAAACAACAAAGUGGCUAUACACAUGGAGAUUUUAGAAAAUGCAAAGACAUUAAGCAGUAUUAUAGAAGAACACAUGGCAAGAUUUUAUGAAAGUGAGACGACUAAGUCACUAGUAAAGCCAUUCUCACUGUAUGUACUAGACGGGGCACUAGAAGCUAUCAUACAGAUGCAUUACCGAGGUUGGGUUCACAAUGAUUUACAUGGUGAUAAUGUUAUGGUGCAAAAAACAGCCUCCGACAAAUUGAGAGUCAAAAUUCUGGAUUUUGGUUUAGCUAAAAAGCUUGAGGACCAGAAUGGCCUGAACUUACAAGGAAUUAAGAAAGACAUAACGAGGGUGAUGCGACUGUUCAGUGACUUGUAUAUCGGAGGACUGGAGUUCCAAAUCGGAGAGUCUUUUGAACAAACCUGGAACAGAGAACGUGAAAAUGUUAAAGACAAGAUAAAGAUGAGUGUUGAUGAUAGGGAGGAACUAUUUUGUCUGUUGGAUGCUGCGGUGGAAGUAGUCAAUCCUGCUCAUGUGAGAGAAUACAAGAAUCUUGUGAAAAACAAAUUUGACAGUGCAAAGGGAGAUGAGAAGAACUUCAUGAAGACAAUUGUGGCUUUCUUAUUUCCUGAGAAGUUUGAACUUGUACAUCAGCAUGCUGAAACUGAUUAUGCUGAUGUCACAGAUCAACGCGGAGACAUGACCGACAUUGACCUUGAGCAGACAGCCAAUCAGGUGUCAAAUGAGGACUUGGAUCUGGUUAGAAUGACAUUGGGGAUAAGUCUUCGUUGAAGUUGAAAGCAGACUCUACAGGGCAGUUAACUGUAGAAAAAAACUGUAAUAGGGUUUAUGAAUUUAUGUUGGUUUUAAUGUAAUGUCCCAAAAUUUAUGAUUUGAUACAGUGUCAUAUUUCCAUUUAUAAAUGUUCUCAAGUAUCUUACUAUGAUGAUUGUUAAAAACACUUUUUGUUAACAUUUAAGGUAAAUUAAUUGGCUGUAUUUAUGAUAUUACUCUGUGAGUGUCCGUAGUCUUGUACUGAUAUGUAUGCGUACGUACUAAAGAAUUUAAAAUUUUGGAAGAUGAAUGGAGUAUCAUAACAGUUACCGUCGCCGUAUCAUGUACAUUUUGUGCAGAUUGUAUGAUAAAGUGUUUGCAUUUUCCUGCAUUUUUUAAGAUAGUAUGCAGAGCAUAGGGAUAUUGAGGAAAUAUGAGAAACAAGAUGAUAAAUAAGUUAAUGUAAAGAAAGAAAAAAAACUUUUGUUGGUGGGGUGGGGGUGGGGGGUUGUAGGAUUGGAACUGGGAGGGGAUGUAAAAUGUGUUAAAGCUGAUGUAAAACUUGACUCAAGCUUUGAAUGCCAAAUGUUCUUGUGGUCGUUAUAGAAAUUAAUGACUUUUAUAUAUUGCAUGAAUGACAGUCUUUAUUUUAAUUUGAUUUUGUUUCAGAUAUAAAAUAAUCAGUUUUGAGAUUUUAAAUGUGAGUAGUGUCCACCUUUAUUUUUUUUAAUCAUGGUUUACUUAUCAAUGUAAAAAUUACCGCGGCAUCAUUAGUAGUUGAUUGGACCUAAUUUUUGGGGAAUUUGGUUUUGUCAGUCCACGGAACUGAAGAUUAAAGGAAGGCGUACACUAGAAUUCCCUGUAUAUGAGAUAGGCAAAAUUUUUCCCAAUAAUAGAAUUUCUUCAAAUUUAGGAUAUUGAAGGACAAUCGACAUCUAAGAAACAAAAAUAUGCAAUAAAAAUCAGAGGUCACCGGUAUUAGAAAAGACUUAUCUGCCCUUGAAACGGUGUUGUUUUGGAAAAUACCAUUGUAUAAACACAAAUAUGGCUUAUGUGUACAGUUUUAAGAUGCUUAAUUUUACUGUUUCAGUUGUCUUCCGGUUAAAGUAGUUCUGCACAUUUUAAACACCGGACAUGAUGGCAAAAUGUUAUUCAUAAAACAGAAUAAAGCCAGGAUCUGGUAUACAGAUGGCAAAAUGUCAUUUAUCCAUAAUACGGAUCAAAUUAUACAUAAACUUGUAUCAUACUACAAAUAAAUGGCAACAUUUGUACUUAUUUUUAAAGUGGGCAAGGCUUUUGUCGUUCUUUAAGAUAUAUUACCAAAACUUGUGACAUGUGAAACAAAUUCAGUUUAGGUAAAAAAAUCAGCUUGAAAUUCAUGGGUCUCUUUAAUCAUGGGCAAAAGUUUCGAAAGAUUCCAAUUUAAUCAGUUUUUACAUAAAAUAUCAAUUGACAGGAACUACCUUAAACAUUAUCCCUUAGUUUAUUAACUAUUUAUCUGGAAUGGUAACCUUGCUCCAAUGUUAUAAAUCUGAGUUCAGUCUCGAAUCUCAAAUAUCUGAUUGGUUGAUUUAAAAAUUAUUCUUGAAAUUAACCAAUGGCAAGAGUGUAUUCUAAGACUGGUCUCUACACCCAACUCAUUAACCUUAGAGCCAGUACGUAUGGCAUUCAACCAUAGGAAACUUCUCCAUAUGAAGCAGAGAUUGCGGAAUUCAUUUCCCGCCCAAUUCUGUGCAUAUAACAUGUUCUGAUGGGACUGUAAGUCUCAACCUUUUUAAGAAUUUGUUUCAAUGAUAUUGUACCUAAAGAUGUACAGUAAAAUAUAAAUACUUGUGAGGGGUUGAUUUUUAUUAAUUUUGCAUAUUUUGAUGAACUCUGUCUUUAAUAAUAUUUAUGUGAAAAAUGUUUGGUCUAUACAAAGAUUAGACCUUGUGUUUUUGUUCUUUUUGGAUUUUUGGUCAAGUCAUUAUAUCUGAUUUUAGAGUCAUCCUAUCGAUAUUUUUUCUCAUGUAGAGUGCAAAUCAAAAGCCUAGUAAGAUUUUAUAAUCCUUUGUUUAUGUAACUGUUAUAGUUGAUAUGUUAUAAUUUGUAAUCAUCAUUUGUGAGAGACAGAUUUUGGGAGAUCAACGAAAAAAACAACAAAAAAUCUAAUUUAUUUUGAAAUCCGUAUAACCAUUUUAGCUAAAACAACAACAUCAAUUGUAUUUAAAGUGUAAGCUUACAACAUGGCAUGUAUAUUUAGAAUUAUAAUGAAGAUGAUAAUGUUAUGACAAGUCUCGAAUUCUGCAGAUUUUAAAACUGCAACUGCAGUAUACUCUACAUUUUUGUAAAUAUUUAUAUAUGUUUAGUCUCAUAGUAUAUCUUUACAUUUAUUAUUGUAUUAUUAUGUCAAUUGUUCAACAACAACAAAAUUGGUACAUUUCUGGCGCUAAAUUCUUGCGUUGUAGUACAUAUGUACUUCAUCAAUGAACAUAGACUAUGUAAUUGUGAAAAUAUAGUGAUUACUCUCCUUUAUCAUGAUAAAGUAUUAUUUAUCAAAUAUUUUCAGGAUAUUAUCUGUAAUCAAUUUAGAUAUUAUCUACAUCUUGAUAAACAAAAUAUGUGCUAAUGUUUUCAAAAUAUUAUUGGUGUUAAGAUUAUUUUUAUUUUACUUGUCGGUAUUAGAUAUGACAAUUAUAUAUAAACGUCAUUUCAGUUUGAACGACAAUUAAGCUUCACGACAAUCUUGCUUCAACACCGAUAUGAAAGCGAAGUUUCGUUUCUACAUUUUGUGGAAAGUUCAAUGUAUGUAAUACCAUAUACAUUUAACAAAACAUAGUAGCGACCAAUUACGCCCCUUUAUUUGACAAAAUAACAGUUUCGAUCUUUUUUAAUAAGAUUUAUUCUACUAGAUAUUAAUAUAUUUUGUUCAUUUAUAUAAAAUUAAAUAUGAAUUAGAAUUAUCAAAACAUGAUAUUGGUAAAGGAAUGUUAUCACUCUAGAGGUCGAUUAUUUGAAACAAAAUUAUAUAUAAAUUAACUCGUGAUGUGUACUACCUGAGGCAUAGUUGUUUCCCGCCACAUUAAUAAACAGUGUGCAAGAUUCGUUUUUCUAUUUCAAGAUAAAAUGAAAAUUAAACACGUUACUAAUGUUUUCUUGCAGAUAUGCCAGAGAAAUGAAUUAAGAAAAUGUUAUUAAAUGAAUAAUGAAUUAUCGCACAUGUUUAUAAAUCGCUGACCGACUGAUAGAGGCUACAUAUCAUUUGUUUUUUGUUUCAGACAAUUUUUUUGGAAAAUCGAUUAUUAACUUAACGUUAUCAAGUGAUUCAAUGCUUGCUUUUUUUGUACCUUUUGUAUAAACAUAUAUAGUUUUAUAUAAAUGUCAUAACAAUGUAACAUAGCGUAGGUUAUAUUCAAUACUUUGUGUGUAAGCAAUAUUCAGAUAUAUUUAUAUUACUGAAAAAAAUGUACAAAAUAUUUUUUCUAACGAGAUACAACAGCAAAUGUUUAAAUAGAAAUCUAUAUAAAUGCUCAACUUCCUCCUUCUUUUAUCUAGUUUUCGAUAUAAGGUAGAAAUGACCGGCAGGUGUAAAAUUGUCAGCGCAUGUAUCAUGUUGUCUUAACCUGUUAUUCUUUUGUAUUUAGUUGUUUGCUCUUCUACAACAAUAUAAACGGAAAUUUUGUCAACCUAUUAAACAAGACAGUAUGUUAUUUGUAUGAUAAUAAAGCUUAGAAAGCCUC